AUGGAAGAAACAUUCCGGAUUGAUAUUGCUGAUGUAUUACAAAAAAAGAAGAGAUCAAAAUCAAAUCAGAAAGCAAUUUUAUCAAUAAAGCGACGCCCAUUACCACUCGUACCUGCUUAUUCUAUUACGGCAUAUAAAAGUAAAGGCCAAACUUUAAAUAAUGUUGUAAUUGAUUUAAAACUACCAAAUGAAACUGACGAUAUCGCCGCAAUUUACGUACCUUUAUCACGUGUGAAACGUUUGACUGAUUUGAUCAUCCUGGGACAUUUUGAUUACAAGGUUUUAUUAAGGAAACCAAGUAAAUCUCAACUCGCCGAAAUAGAAAGAUUAGAUAAAUUAUAUUUGGAGACACAAACUCGUUUCUCAGAGUGGUUUUAACUUUUUUUUCUUCAAUGUACAAAGUUUUGUUUAUAAUUGUAAUAGCCUAAUCUUUUCAUAAAUAGUUCAUGUUAGAGUUUUCGCAUCUUUAUUGUUCACUUUUCAUCAUUUAUUUAUUUUCUUUUUAAACAUUUCUCAAUGUAUAUUCUUUUCGUGUUGUAAUUUGUGUUGCUCUAUUAUCAUGCAUUUCGUUUUUUUCAUUUUUUUCAAGUGCAUUUUUAUAGAAAGAUGUUUUUUAAAUGUUUCUUUUUUUACUCAUUUCUAUAUUCAUUAUUGCAAAUAAAUCAGUUAUACUUGUGUGCUGUUAAUAAAAUGAACCUUUCAAUUUAAAGAUUCUUAUAUCUAUGACAUGUGUGCACAUUACCAAUCUGUGUCGACACCGUUCGUCAUAUAAUCCCUUUAAAAUACAUACUAUUCAAUAUGCACUAGAAGAUUAUAUUAAUGAAAGUUGACUUAGAUAUAAAUGAUGUAACUUUCAUUAUCAACUGUAGUUGAACAAUGCGAUUUCUAGUAAAAUUAUAUUACAAAACGAUAAAACGGUAUUUUGCACACACGCAAUUCAAGAUGAAAAAUUUAAGUUACAACUCAGAUCGAAUCAACAUCGGCCCUCUUACUAUUAGCAUAUGAAAAGAAUACUUCUCUCGUACACAGUCGAGGGCCAAGUCCUCGAAGCGACAAACGUUACUUGCGUUUAGCAGGAAAAAGAAGGUCCUUGUGAUAAAACGAUGACCCGUACUUUACUUUCACUGUGCCGAGUUAUUCUGUUCAUUGAUCAGUAUUGUUCAUCUGUAGUAAUAUGUGAAGAAAAAAACAACAUUAAGUAAGGCUAAUGUUUAGUAGGAAAAAAGAGCGUACCUGUGAUAAAAUGAUGACCCGUAUUUCACCUUGACUAUGAUGAAUUAAUCCGUUCAUUGAUCACUAUUGUUUAUCUAUAGGAAUAUUUGCAGAAAACAACAACACUAAGUAAGGCUAAUGUUUACUAGGAAAAAAAAAUGCACUUGUGAUAAAAUGAUCACCCGUACAUCACCUUCACUGUGAUGAAUUAUUCUCUUCAUUGAUCAGUAUUGUUUAUCUAUAGUAACACUUCAAGAAAAAACAAGAUUCAGCAAGGCUACUGUUUAAUAGGAAAAACGAACGUAUUUGUGAUAAAAUGAUGACCCGUACUUUACCUUGACAGGGAUGAAUUAUUCUGUUCAUUGAUCAGUAUUGUUUAUCUAUAGUAAUAUUUCAAGAAAAAACAAGAUUGAGUAAGGCUAAUGUCUAGUAGGAAAAAAGUGCGCACUUGUGAUGAAAUGAUGACGAGUACUUUACCUUGGCUGUGAUGAAUCAUUCUGUUCAUUGAUCAGUAUUGUUUAUCUAUAGUAACACUUCAAGAAAAAACAAGAUUCAGCAAGGCUAAUGUUUAAUAGGAAAAAAGAACGUAUUUGUGAUAAAAUGAUGACCCGUACUUCACUUUGACUGUGAUGAAGUAUUCUGUUCAUUGAUCAGUAUUGUUUAUCUAUAGUAAUAUUUCAAGAAAAAACAAGAUUGAGUAAGGCUAAUGUUUAGUAGGAAAAAAGAACGUACUGGUGAUAAAAUGAUGACCCGUACUUUACCUUGACAGGGAUGAAUUAUUCUGUUCAUUGAUCAGUAUUGUUUAUCUAUAGUAAUAUUUCAAGAAAAAACAAGAUUGAGUAAGGCUAAUGUCUA